AUGCAACACGUUGUGCAGCCACAAUCCGGGCUCGCGUACGCACCGCAGCAACCGCCCUUUCAGCAGAGCAAUCCUUACGCGCGCCUCGCCUGGCUGGAGACGCAGCAUCAAUCUCUCUCCAGCGCCAAUAAUUGGCUAUGCCAUGACAAUCUUCGACACAUCAAUGAGAAAGAUCGUCUCGCGCGAGAAAAUGAGCACCUUCAAAAACAGACCGCGCAGCUGAAUGCGGCAAGGCAGCAAGAGACUCAGAUGUUGAAAGAGCAGAACGCGAAGCUUUCGGCAGAGAAUCGACGGUUGGCCGAGGAGAAAAUCAAGAUCGCCACCGAAAAUACAGGAUUGCGCCGAAAGCAGGCUGCUGCCACUUCCGACGAGUACGCGGCACGCAUCGAAAAGCUCAAGGACAGGCUCACGACAUCAAACGACAUUGUCGCGGCUCUGAAGAGCAAGGUCACUGCUCUAAAGAACAAAUCCGAGGAGAACUCGCUCGCGUACGUCUCGUGCGGACGCUGCCAAUAUGCCAAUGGCAUCAGGAAUACACUGUGUUCCCGAUGCUUCCUGCCGGCACAUCACUAUUCGGGACGCAGAAGGAAGGGCUCCACGAAAAUAAAGUAUGACGGCUGGAAGCUUUUGUGGGACAACAUCUCGGUCAGUGACUCUGAUGACGAGGGACGACCCGGCGAGCAGAGCUAUUACCACGAAGGAAGAGACACGAAAUCACACACCCGAUUAGAGGAGGACUUGUUUGAGUGGCUGCGAGACUGGUGUUCGGAUAGUGCGGACAAGAUUGAACGUCAGCGCAUGCUGGAUAGGAAGAAGAAUGAGCCAACAGUGCGCAAGUUAGUGGAAGAUCUUAGAGAUGUUGAAGACGAAAUCAAAAAAGCCUACGAAGGUUUGGCCGAUCGGAAGAAGAAGAAGAGACAGCUGAAGAGGAAGCUGAUUGUUCUCGUCGACGAAGAACCAGUCGUGACGAGCGACGAGGCCCUUCUGGAGAAGAAGCUCUUCACGUUCUGCCACGUCAUGUCGCGGCCACAGCAGGAGCUUAAUCUCGCUGUUUUCCCCAAAACGAUUGGCGACAAAAUGCUCAGCGAACGGGAAAUAGUGAAGAUCUUUCAUCAAGUCAUGACGGCAAUGCGUGUUCUUCAUCAUGAGCUCGUCGAACAGCCGAGGGAAGAAGACAAGAAGUUCAAGCCUCGCAAGCCAAAUCCUAAUCAAUGGAAGAUAUUGCACGGCCCAGGUAGGGAUCGCCAUGGCUGUCGUAUGUACAAUGACACGGACGAGCCAGAUCAGAUCGUGGAAAACUACGUCAGUACCAUGGAGGACGCCCGUCUUGCUGCCACAGCACUGCAAAAUCUGAUAUAUCGCUGGAAUGAGGGCUUGACAAUGCCAUAG